AUGAAAAUAUUACUUCCCUUGGAUAAGCAUCUCGACUCUGGACCGGAAUCCAUCGAGAAUUCUCAUGAGGAUCGGAAAUUUAUUGUUUUCAACGAGGAUCUACGCGUGUUCUUCAAGGGCGACCAAGCUAGAAUCGAAAGCAUAUCAGUCUUCAUCAAUGAAGCUUGUGUGUAUAGCUCUAGCCAGCCUGCAAGAUCAAUCAAAGAACGUGAACAUGAUCUUUGGGAACUUCACCGGUCCAUCGUCGUGGACCACAUCUUCAACUCCAAUAUAGUCAUGAAUAAUGGCCACAAGAACACCCUGCGGAUUGUCGUAGAGUAUCGGUCGUGCGCAGGCAGAAGUACCCCGCAAAGCGCUAGGAGUUCGCCAGACCUGCCAGAUCUUCUGCCAUCUUUCGAGCCCCUUAAUUCUGGCCGUACCGCUUCGGCUAGCCCACAGAAGAUGUCAAUGCCCAAGCUACAGACCGCAGAACUAGCAUUUCCCAUACAUUCCUUAUUGAAUGCACGGUUGAGAAGUGUUGCUGUUCACACAAACCAAUGCAUAUUUUCCUCGCUCGACCUGCAAAGCUCCAAGUCCUGCCACACCAUGAUGACACUUUAUGAUCUGGCGCGCAUAAGAAUGUCCAUCAAAGAGAUUGACUAUAGGAUAGUUCGUAAUUUCUCCAGCGUGCCGGUGAAACCUCUUUGCCAAUUGGAGCUUCCGUUAGAAAUGGGACUCUGGGACAGCUAUAGUGUCAAUUACCAACUUCCACAAACGAAGAACUUAGACUCACAUCGCGUCCGUGUUUCGUUGUAUUAUAUUUUGGAAGUUGGCAACUACAAUUUUGUGGUUCGCACCUGCUGGGAAACGGACGUCAACGUGAGGAAGCAAAGUGCUCCAACAGCUCUUCCCUCUCAGCCCACUUCUAUCAUAUCAACCCCCAUGCUAACACCUUCGAUGAUAUUUGCGUCUUCCGUAAACUCUCUAGUUGCCAACAAGCUCAAUAACGUGAAAUUCAAGUUUCUGACUAGCCGCAUAACCUGCAGAAAAGGCUUCAAAUUUUCAUUGCCGCUGCAGAUUGUCAACCAGUCGCAGUCGCCGCUUGAGAUAGUUGUCUACUGCACAAACUCGGCAAUACAGCCGCAAGGGCAACUCCCAGUCGAGAAGGAGUAUCAGAUGCAUAAGAGGUGGAUGAAGAUUACAGAAGGAAUCGUGCUACUCUCAAGCGACCACAAAUUGCCCACGAUUCCUGUGUCUGAGACCUUUUGCGCAAAUCUGGAAUUUGUCGCCAUACAGUCUGGAUAUUACCAUAGCAUCCCGGGACUCAAAGUGUUGGACUUAAACACACAAGAAAUAAUGAAUGUCGGGAAUGGUGUCAAGGUUUUGGUUGAAUAA